GUUAACGUUCUCGUCGCAGUGCAUUGUGGGAAAGCGAAUGAUCAGCGAUGGCGGAGAGACCCAAGCAUCUGAAACUUUUCAUUGCAACUUAUUUACAUGUAGUAUUCCUUUCGCUGCACGUGUUUAUCGACGCUACAGACGUGACGUGGGAUGAAAACGGAUACAUUCUGUACUGCCCGUGCAUGGGUCGGUUUGGAAACCAAGUGGAUCAUUUUCUUGGGUCGCUGGCUUUUGCUAAAAUGCUGAACCGAACACUCGCGGUUCCGCCGUGGAUUAUUUACCGCCACCACACGCCACCUUUUAAAAAUGUGCAUGUGCCUUAUAGUGAGUUUUUCCAAUUGGAGCCAGUGAAGCAGUACCACCGUGUGGUGAGUCUAGAGGACUUCAUGGAGCAUUUGGCUCCUAAGCACUGGCCUCCUGGUCAGAGAGUGGCCUACUGCUUUGAGUCUUCAGCUCACCGGAGCGUGGACAAAAAGACCUGUCCAAUGAAGGACGGAAAUCCAUUCGGUCCAUUUUGGGACCAUAUCGGAGUCGAAUUUGAUCGCUCUGUUCUUUUCGGAGGAUUGUCUUUCAGCUCCUACUACCAUCCGCACUGGGUAAAGAAGUUUCCCCCAAAAGAGCAUCCAGUUCUCGCUCUUCCAGGAGCCCCAGCGCAGUUCCCAGUUCUGGAAGAGCACAUUGGACUGCAGGAGUAUGUGGUGUGGUCUAAAAAAAUGGUACAGGAAGGAGAAGGCCACAUCAGAAGCCUGUUAAACAGACCUUACGUAGGAAUUCAUCUGAGAAUUGGCUCAGAUUGGCAAAAUGCCUGCAAGCUUUUGAAGAUGGGUGAGACUGGUCCUCACUUCAUGGCUUCUCCACAGUGUGUGGGAUACGACCGUCAAACUGCCCUGCCGCUGACCAUGACCAUGUGUUUGCCGGAUCUGUCUGAGAUCCGCCGUGCGGUGAAGCUCUGGGUGAAGAACACUAACGCUCAGUCAGUUUACAUAGCCACCGACUCAGAAUCGCACACCGCGGAGAUUCAGAAACUCUUCAAGGGCAAGGUGAAGGUUGUGAGCUUGCAGCCGGACACUGCUCAGAUUGACCUGUAUAUCCUCAGCCAAGCCGAUCACUUCAUCGGCAACUGUGUUUCAUCCUUCUCAGCCUUUGUAAAAAGGGAGAGAGAUGUUCACGGGAGACCCUCGUCAUUCUUUGGAAUGGACUACCCAGGAAAAAGGAAAGGAAAAGAGGAACUCUAAUGAAACAUAGAAGUUACGUUUUUGUAACUGUAAAGGAUGGUUGAAGUUUUGCAUGUUUCAGGUGUCUGAUCAAGAAAAUUUAGAUAUAGGCUUCUAGUAAUUAAUUAAAGGGAAAACAAGAAGGUUAGUUCCUUAAUUUCUCUGGAUGCUGCAUUUCUCCCAUGUUGCACUACUACAUGUACUGUGAGCAACUAUGAUAUCAUUAUAUCACUGAUAAUUUUGUACUGGAAUGUUUGUAUUGACUCAUUUGCAUGUAAAAAUUGCCCCCUGUGAGGGUUAAGUAAUUAUAGUAGAGAGACAAGUCAGAAUCAGUCUUAGUGGUUGGAAAUUGCACUUUUUAUAGUUGAACGCCUUUUAAAAUCUCCAGAGGCAUCCAGAUAUGCAGUGCUCUAGUCAUUGCUGAAAAUGAACACGUGUCACUGUAGGAAAAUAAUGUAUGUUAAAGAUUUUCUGAUGUUUUUGAAAGUCAGUGUCAAACCAAGUAGUAGAAAUGUUUUAUAAAUGUUUUAAGAUGUACUUAUUAGUAAUUUUGUACAACUUUAAAUGACAUUCCUCCAGGUAGUUUUCAAUAAAAUAUAUAAGCAG